GUUUGUAUCAGCCAACUUGUCAUAUUUCUCAAUCCGCAGAUAAUAUCGACGUGAGUGAAAAACAGUCGUCUUUUAAUUAUUAUCCGUCGUGUGAUCUUUUGCCAACGUUUGCUUCUCACAUAUUUCGGGUUCUGUAUACAAUUUUAAGUGUACUUUUCAUUUAAAAUGGCACCGAAACAACGAAUGAGGAUUGCAAAUGAAAAAGCCAGCAAAAAUAUCACGAUGAGAGGAAAUGUACCCAAAUCUACUAAAAAUGGCGAAAGUAAAUAUCCGGUUCCUCCUUGGUUACUUGGUCUUUUCGUAUUUGUCGUAUGCGGAUCUGCCGUGUUUCAAAUAAUCCAAAGUAUACGAAUGGGUUGGUGAAAUUUGAGCAACUUUUUCUCCGUUUUCCGUGUCUACGCGAUAAGUUUUUCGUGAGUUGUAUAAACCGUUUCUCUGUGUACAUUUUUAAAACCAGUUAAAAAAGAAAACUUGUUGCUUUUUCGCAUUUAUUACAAUACCGAAUCUACUUUUUUUUUUCUACAUAAAGGUGCAACGCAUUACCAAAUGAUCGAUGAAAUUUUGCAUUUUAUAGCUCAUUAUUUGUAUUUAUAAUAUAUGUUUUUCUAUGUCAUGUUCUAAUACUACAAUUGUUGAAGAUUUGUUAUUUAAUUUUGUGUAUAUAUUUUUCGACUUUUUUCUUUUUCUAAUUUAUUUAUUCAAACAAAAAUGUAAAUAUGAAUCGCAGAAAUGUCAUUCCAUUUUGAAAAAUAUAAAUUGUUUUUGAAAAAGA